AUGGGUUCUUUGUCUAAUGGCGACGUCCUCGGCCAGGAGUUCACCGACCAUGUUGUCCGAGCCAUGGGCCCAGAGACCACCCCCAGAAUGCGGACAGUCAUGACUGCUCUCAUUCAGCACGUUCACGAUUUUGCACGAGAGGUCAACUUGACGACGGAAGAGUGGUUAGCAGGCGUUGCCAUGCUCAACUGGGCAGGACAGAUGAGCAACGACAAGCGCAAUGAGGGGCAGCUGGUAUGCGACGUUAUCGGUCUGGAGUCACUUGUGGAUGAUAUCACAUACAGAGAAGCCAGCAAGGCUGAUAAACCUCCUACAUCAUCCGCCAUUCUUGGACCGUUUUGGCGAGCUGACGCGCCAAUUCGAGAGAACGGCACUACCAUCACAUUCAACACCCCAAAAGAUGCGGUUGUAGCUUAUAUGCACGGCCAAGUUACAUCCGCUGAGACAGGAAAGCCCCUUGCAAAUGCUACGGUAGAUGUCUGGCAAGCCUCUACAAAUGGCUUGUAUGAGCAACAGGACGAUGAUCAGAUUGACUGCAAUCUACGAGGCAAAUUUGUUACUGACGCAGAGGGUCGGUAUUCGUUCUACUGUCUCCGCCCAACACCAUAUCCUAUUCCAUUCGACGGUCCUGCAGGAAAGCUAUUGAAACUUAUGGAUCGCCACGAGUACCGACCAGCACAUAUCCAUCUAAUUGUCGAAUCAGAGGGUCACAGGUCUUUGACUACUCAAAUUUUCGAUAAAGACUCAAAAUAUCUUGAAGACGAUAGUGUGUUCGCGGUGAAGGAUGGGUUGACUGUUGAGUUCAAGCCUCGCAAGGGAGACACGCAAGCCGAAUGGGAUUUGGAGUACAAUGUGACUCUGGCAAAGAAGCAGUAA